AUGAAUUUGGAGAUGGUUGCGUCGUCAGUCGUCACCAUCCGAAAUGACCCGCUCAUUCUCCAUAAAGUCUCUCUCACUUCAUUCACUGAAACCCCUCUGCACGCAUCAGCUUUGGCUGGUCAUUUUGACUUCACCGAAGCUCUAUUGAGUGCAAAGCCUGGACUUGCGUCUCGGCUCGACUCCUUCAAUCACCCGCCCCUUCACUUGGGUUCCGCCGAGGGCCACUUCUACACUAGGCGGUGCAAUAAUGCUCCAAAACAGUUGGUGAAACAGCUGAAACAGGACGAGGUUUUCGACUUCAGACACCACCUAGGCAAUACCAUACUCCAUUCAGCUGUUUUGCUGAAGCAAAACCGAGGUAAAUUGACACAAAAGAAAAAAGAUGGUCGCGUUAAACCUAAUGGGUUUCAGCGCCCUGGAUUUGGUAGAGCGUUAUCCAGAAGAUUUCAAGGGCAUAAAAUAGGAGACAUUCUUUUCAAAGCUGAAGUAGAAUUAGAAAAUUACUUGAAACGUCAAUCUAAUUGGGUGGAGAACAUGCAGGGGACAUUGAUGCUGGUGGCCACGUUAAUUGCAACCAUUUCUUUCCAAGCUGCAGUCAGCCCGCCAGGCGGAGUUUGGGCGCAAGAUUACACGGACUCCGUGGGUGCUUACAAUUGCAAAGUGGAUUAUGGCAAAUGUGUUGCCAGAAACGCCGUGCUGGCCUACGUUUAUCUCGAUCUCUACCUCUUGCUGACGAUUUACGCGAUGAUCUCGUUCACUACAUCUCUGGGAGUUGUCCUUUUAGCGAUCAGCGGGCUUCCCCUGAAGAACAAGCUUUGCACUCGGCUCAUGAUAAUAGCUAUGGUUUUAGCAAUUUCGUUCGUGUUUGCUACCUUCGAGACGGCGCUAACGCUUGUGACCCCUGAUCAUAUCUAUUACACAAGUUCCAACUCGUUGAAAACAAUAAAGUAUAUCUGGUAUGGGUUGGAAGGAAUUGUCACUGCGUUCGGCCUGAUAUGCCUUCUCUUUUGGCUUCUGUACAAGUUACGCUUUGUUUCUGAUUGCUUUUCAAAAUUACUUCUGUACUUAAAAGUUGAAGUUACAAGCCAUUGCCAAACAGACAGUUUUUGA